AUGAUGCCACGCCCGUUAGAUUCCGUUACGCCACCCAUUAGUAUCAGUAUUCGUUUUCCAUUUUUUGGUCAAUUGUACAACGUCAUUAGAGUAUAUAGUCAUGGUUUAAUUCUUUUCGGCAAUAUCACAUACACUUUACCACAUUCGCCACCUGGUCCAUUUCCAUUGCGUGAUUUUGUAUGCGCUGCUCCGUAUUGGGCUGAUACAGAUCUUACUCAAGAUUCGUCGAGCAAUAUCUUCUAUCGAGAAGUCACUGAUGAGAACACAUUAAUUCAAAUUUCAAAUAUGAUACGUAAUGGAUUUCCACAUUUAUCCGCUCAUCGUAUGUUAUGGGCAUUUGUGGCUACAUGGGAUCGAGUUCCAGGACAUCAGGCAAAUCCAGGUCGAAAUACCUAUCAGGCUAUCAUAGCAACCAAUGGACUUUAUUCAUUUACGAUGUUCCUAUACAAUCAAUUACAAUGGUCUGCUGGCGCAUGGGGUGGUUAUCCUCAAGUUGGUUUUAAUGCAGGAGAUGAAGUUAACUAUUUUACUUUGGAGAAAUCUUUUACAGCUGAUGUCGUUACUGUGGUCGAGGAUUCGAAUGUUGGUGUCCCUGGUCAAUUUUUUUUUCUGGCGAAUGGUAAUAUCAGCGGAGUACAAUGUAAUUCAAGUCAAGGUUUGCAAAGUUCACCUUUUCGGGGUUCAAUGCAUGGUGGCUAUCAAUUGCGAUUGUUUGGCAUCUGUUUUCAGGAAUCAUCCAGCACGGUUGAAAUCAACGGUAAUCGAAUCAACGAUUGUCAACUUAAUGCGAUUUAUAUAAUAUGCACAAUGCCUAUGGUAUCCGAAGGUCGACUUCAGAUUAAAGUUUUUGACGCUGAAAGAAAACUGAUCGGACAAACAGAAUUUUUAUCAUUUAUGCCAGAAAGUAAUGCUGAUUUAAUAGUGAGCAAUCAUGGUGAACUUGAUAAUGCACUUUUCUUGCUGGAAGAUCGUCGUUUAACUUUACAUUUUUUAAGAAAUGCUCUUACUACAAACUAUUUAUUUCGCCUUGUGAUCUAUGAUUAUAGUACUCAAUACAUAAUAGGAAAUGAUACAUUGUACAAUGUAGAAACGAAAAAAGUUGAUAUUGGCCUUGGUUUAUUGAAUCUGUCUGCUUUGAACAAUUUAACAAUCAAUUUUCAAUCGGUUUUUCCCAUUACAGGUGAACCAAGAGAUCGAGUUCAUUUGUUGGAUAUCUCUUUUGAACUCAUUCUACCAAAUACAACAUUACCAACAGUUUCAUGGAAAGGGGUACGAGAAUUCAUUGUACGUUCAUUUAUUGCAUCCUUCUCAUUAGUUUCAUCCUAUUGUUCAGCUUGGACUGCUUUGCAAUCCGAUACUAAUACACGUAACUUGACCAAUCUAGCUCCUACAUGUCCAUGUCGGAUGAGAACAACAUGGGAUGAUGAACAGUUUGGAUUUAAUACUGAUUUAAUAUGUAGUGCACGUAAAUCAGGAAUGUGGAACUGUCGAUAUCAUCGAGGAGCAAGAGGAUGUUAUCGAAUGAAAUCGACAAGAAGUGAAGGGGGUGCACAUUGCUGUUAUGAUAACGGUGGUAUAAUGAUUACGGAUAGGAGACGAGGAGGUGGUUCAUUGAAAGCACAUUAUCCUGAAACUUUGAAAGCAUUAUCUACCUAUCGACAUUUCUUUUCUGAUCUUCUUCCGUAUUAUUCAUGUUGUGGUACUUCAAGUGAAAUACUUCCUAAUUGUCAACACUAUAUAAGAUAUCGCCCUUCAGGUACAUGUGUCAAUUUGAUACCGAUACAGACAGGUGGUAAGGGUGAUCCACAUUUUUCAACAUUAGAUGGGAAUUCGUAUACAUUCAAUGGGCAUGGUGAAUAUACGUUACUCAAAUCGAUUGACAAGCAAUUCGAAAUUCAAGUGCGACUUGCUCCACUCGUCAAUGAAUCGGUCAGUCCUACAUCGAUGAAUAAUGCGACAGCUAUUAUUGCAUUUGUCAUUCGUAAUGAAGAUCAACCACGUGUUCAAUUUGAACUUUUUCCAAAACUACGACUAAUAGAAAUUCGAAUAGAUGAAAAAUUAUUAGAAUUUACACCGCUCUCUGAACAAGAUGAACUUUUAUCUUCAUCGUUAAUCUAUACUGAUGAUCGUCAAGUGAUCAUUCGACAAAGUGAUGUCAAUAAGUACAGUAUAUCAUAUGGUGAAAGUGGAAUUCAAUUUAUUGUCGAUGUUCGACCACAGUUUGAUUUUCUCGAUUUAAUCUCUAUCAUACCUAGUACAUUCAAAGAAAAGCGAAAAUUUCAAGGUAUACUCGGUAGUUUCGAAGGUCUCACCUAUCCAAACGGAACAAAUGUAACGGCAAAUUUAAAUGACGAUCAAGUUAUGUUUAGUUAUGCUGAAAUAUGGCGUACAACCAGUACAUCAUCACUUUUCUAUUAUCUUUUGCAAGACAGUCAUGGUCAACACCAAGAUUUAAAUUAUCGUCCGACGUUUCAGCAAGACCUUUUUAGAAUGUAUGCUAAUACAAGCCGAUUUGAAAUGGCCAAAAAUGUUUGUCAUAAUAUAAGUCGUGAACAACAAUGUAUUUACGAUGUUUUGAUUACUAAUGAUCCUACUGUCAGUCAAAUGCAUCAAACUUAUGAAACGACUAUACAAGCAUUAAAUGAAUACGUUGCGUUAGUUAUAAUAGAUAUAGAAAAUGAUAAAAGCACGUCAACAGAAAAUGACAAAACCACAUCAAUAGAAAUUGAUAAAACUACGUCAACAGCAAAUGAUAAAACUACGCCAACAGUGAAUGAUAAAACUACAUCAAUGGAAAACGAUAAAACUACAUCAAGAGAAAAUGAUCAAACUACAUCAACAGCCAAUGAUAAAACUACGCCUGCAGAAAACGAUAAGACCACGUCAAAACUAGAGAAUGCGGCAGCAAACUAUUUUGGGAAUGAAAUCUGGAAGGUGACUCUUUUAGCACUGAUCGCUGUGCUUCAUUAA